AUGCAAAAAAAAGAAAAGGAUGUACCAUCUCCACUCCAAAACUCAUCAUCUGAAGAAGUAAGAAAGAAAUUACUUAAUGUUGAAAAUAAGACUUAUUUUUCAUUUGUUAUGCCAAGUGGUGUUGCACUAAUUGUUGCUGUUGCAUUAAUUAUCACCUCAGUUAUUCUUCCAUUUAUUGGAAAGGCACCUGUUAAAACUAUUGAAAUGACAAGAAAACAAUUAGGGCAAUCUCUUCCUAAUUUUGAUUUGGAUGAAAUGGACAUUGAAGAUAUUUAUUAUUAUUCUGCAUUAGCUGAUAGUGUUAAUGUAACUAUGAAAUUAGUUGAUUUAGAAUUAGAUGAUUUAGAUAUUUCAGAACUUUCAUUAGAUAAAUUGUAUUUCCUUACUAUGUUAUCUGAUAGAUAUGAAUUAGAUAUUAAUGAAUUUAAGGGAGAAACAAAGAAAUUUUUUAAGGAUUAUGGAUUUAUUGAUGAUUUAGAGAUGGAAGAAGAACGACUUGAAGCAGAUGACCAACAUGGAGAAACUAUUAUAAAAAGAUUAAAACCUGAAAGUGUUGAAGCAUGUUUUUAUGCUAUUGAAAUUAUGAAGAAAACUGGAGAAUUUAAGAGUUUUAAGAAAAGUAAAAAGUAUCAAAAAAUGAUUGAAUACAUCAUUAAAAUGCAAGGAGAGUCUGGAUUAAUUUAUAAUAAUAAAAAUGUAGAAACUAGUUUAAAAGUUAUGGUAUUUGCAUUGAAACUUCUUACUGAAGCACGUAAUAAUGGAAUUAUAAAUCGUGAGAUUGAUGAAGUUAUUAAUAAAGUUAAAAAUGUAUAUGAAUAUGCUAUGAAUAUUGAUGGUAGUUAUGAUUAUUUUUUGGAAGAUACUCCAUCAUGUUUUGGAACUGCUUAUGGAGUUGUUGGAAGAAAAUUAGUUGGAUUAAAAAUAAAACCAACAACUAAACAAUAUUUGAUGUCAUGUGUAACUGAAAAAGGACCAGUUAUUUUUAGAGGAGAACCAGAAAUUGAUAUUGAAACUGGUUAUAUUAUUAAUGAAGCUCUUAAUGGAGUUAAAGACUCACCAUCUCAACAUAACGAAAAAGCAUCUACACUUUCAUGUAUUUUUAUUGCUGUUGCAAUUGUUGUUUUUAUAAGUGAAAGUCUUGAUCAAAAUACAUUAAAAGAAAUAAUAGUUUCACUAACUCUUUCACUUAUUGGUUCAAUUAUUGGUUAUCUUCUUCAAAAUACAACUCUUCAAAUAUUCUUUAUUAUUCCACUUGGUUAUUGUAUAUUCCUUUCAAUAAAGAGAAUUGAAUCCUGGAAGAGACAUGCAAUGUUCUGGAUGAUUGUAUUAACACCAGCUAGUAUUAUUGGAUGUGUCUUAUUUAUUAUUGAUUCAUUCUUCCCAACGUUAAUAGUUGAUAUGACCGCUUCAUAUAUUGUAUUUGCUAUUCUUGUUGGGUUAUUAGUUACUAAUCAAUUAGUAUUUUAUUCAUUAUUUAAUGACAAACAUAAAUACCAAUGGUUCUUUGAUGCUUCUCAUCUUGCUUAUUAUCUUGCUUAUUUCACUUUAAUUAUGCUUCUUGGUGCAUCAGAUAAUUUUGAAUUUGUUCUUUCUACUUUACAAUUAUCAGGAAGUAUGACAUAUCAUUUCAUUGGAGUUCCAAUAAUAUUCCAAUCACUCUCUUUAGUAGCAAUUGCCUUAUCUGUUCCAGCUGUCUCUCUUAUGGCUCAAAUAAAAAAUAAUUGA